AUGGAAGCCAGGGAGCUGGAGAGCCCCACGCCAACCUACCAUCUCAUUCCUGAGGCCAGCCAGCCCAGAGAGAAAGAUGUCAGCAUGCAACCUCAACGGACCAUGGAAACUAUGCAGCUAAAAAAGGAGAUCUCUCUGUUGAAUGGGGUCAGCCUGGUGGUGGGCAACAUGAUUGGCUCAGGAAUCUUUGUCUCACCCAAAGGCGUGCUGGUAUACACUGCCUCCUAUGGGUUGUCACUAGUCAUAUGGGCCAUUGGUGGGCUUUUCUCAGUUGUUGGUGCCCUUUGCUAUGCGGAGCUGGGGACUACCAUCACCAAGUCUGGGGCCAGCUAUGCUUAUAUUCUAGAAGCUUUUGGGGGCUUCAUUGCCUUCAUCCGCCUUUGGGCCUCCUUGCUAAUUGUUGAGCCCACCAGUCAGGCCAUCAUUGCCAUCACCUUCGCCAACUACAUCAUCCAGCCCUCGUUCCCCACCUGUGAUCCCCCGUACCUGGCCUGCCGUCUCCUCGCUGCUGCUUGCAUAUGUCUGCUGACAUUUGUCAACUGUGCCUAUGUCAAGUGGGGCACACGUGUGCAGGACACGUUCACUUAUGCCAAGGUCUUAGCGCUCAUUGCCAUCAUUGUCAUGGGCCUCGUUAAACUGUGCCAGGGACACUCUGAGCACUUUCAGGAUGCCUUUGAGGGUUCCUCCUGGGACAUGGGAGACCUCUCUCUCGCCCUCUACUCUGCCCUCUUCUCUUACUCAGGUUGGGACACCCUUAAUUUUGUAACAGAAGAAAUCAAAAACCCAGAAAGAAAUUUGCCCCUGGCCAUUGGGAUUUCUAUGCCAAUUGUGACGCUCAUCUACAUCCUGACCAAUGUGGCCUAUUACACAGUGCUGAACAUUUCAGAUGUCCUUGACAGUGAUGCUGUGGCUGUGACAUUUGCUGACCAGACAUUUGGCAUGUUCAGCUGGACCAUUCCUAUUGCCGUUGCCCUGUCCUGCUUUGGGGGCCUCAAUGCGUCUAUCUUUGCUUCAUCAAGGUUGUUCUUCGUGGGCUCCCGUGAGGGCCACCUCCCAGAUGUACUGUCCAUGAUCCACAUUGAGCGUUUUACACCCAUCCCUGCUUUAUUGUUCAAUUGUACCAUGACACUCAUCUACCUCACUGUGGAAGAUGUUUUCCUGCUCAUCAACUACUUCAGCUUUAGCUACUGGUUCUUCGUGGGCCUGUCUGUUGCUGGACAGCUCUAUCUUCGCUGGAAGGAGCCUGAGCGGCUCCGGCCUCUGAAGCUGAGCCUGUUUUUUCCCAUCGUGUUCUGCACAUGCUCUGUGUUUCUGGUGAUUGUGCCUCUAUUCAGUGACACCAUCAAUUCCCUCAUUGGCAUCGGGAUUGCCCUCUCCGGGGUUCCUGUCUAUUUCGUGGGUGUUUAUCUGCCAGAGUCCCAGAGGCCACUACUUAUUCGGAAUGUCCUGGCUGCUAUCACCAAAGUCACCCAGCAGCUUUGCUUUUGUGUCCUGACCGAGCUUGAUGUAGCUGAAGAGAAAAAGGCUGAAAGGAAAACUGACUAGAGGCCAGAGGUGAUGUCCCUUGAGGCCUGGAAGACCAGCCACAGCCACCAAAGUCCAGAUGACAAGACUGUACAGGCCCAACUCUCUUGUUCUAAAGGAUCCUGUGGGCCACAUUAUGUAAGGGGGCU